AUGGGCAAGUAUAAUAUUGUUGUCUUCGCUGGGGACUGCUGCGGGCCAGAGGUUCUGAAAGCUGUGGAGAAGAAGAGACCUGAGAUACAGUUCACCUUCCAGGACCAUCUACUAGGAGGAGCCUCAAUUGAUGCAGCCGGAACGGCCCUUACAGACGAAGCUCUUACAGCAGCUAAGAAUGCCGAUGCCGUGCUGCUCGGAGCUGUUGGUGGCCCCAAAUGGGGCACUGGCACAGUCCGUCCCGAGCAAGGAAUUCUCCGCCUGCGCAAGGAAAUGGGGACAUUCGGCAACUUACGUCCAUGCAACUUUGCAGCGCCUUCGCUAGUUGAUAUCUCCCCUCUCAAGGCAGAGGUAUGUCGGAACGUUGAUUUCAACAUCAUUCGCGAACUCACGGGAGGCAUCUACUUUGGCGAACGAAGAGAAGAUAACGGAGAUGGAACCGCGUGUGAUACCGAGCCCUAUUCGAGGGCUGAAAUCGAGCGGGUUGUUCGUCUGGCUGCUCACUUGGCUCUUCAGCAUGACCCGCCACUGCCUGUGUGGAGCUUGGACAAGGCCAAUGUGUUGGCUACCAGUCGUCUUUGGAGGAAGGUGGUCACGGAGGUGAUGGAUAAGGAGUUCCCGCAACUGAAGUAUGGCCAUCAUCUAAUUGAUAGCGCUGCCAUGUUGAUGGUGAAGAACCCUCGUGCUCUGAACGGUAUUGUUGUUACUAGCAACCUGUUCGGGGAUAUCAUCAGCGACGAGGCCAGCGUUAUCCCUGGAUCGCUGGGAUUGUUGCCCAGUGCCAGUUUGAAUGGUAUCCCUGACGGCAGGACCAAGGUCAGCGGCAUAUACGAGCCUAUUCAUGGAUCCGCACCGGAUAUCGCUGGGAAAGGCAUUGUUAACCCCGUUGCCAUGAUACUGUCUGUGGCAAUGAUGCUUCAAUAUUCCCUCAACCUACCCGAGGAGGCCAAGAUAAUUGAAACUGCGGUCCGAAAUAUAAUCGAGUCCGGAGUCAAGACCGGUGAUAUCGGCGGAAAGGCCACCACCAAGGAAGUUGGAGAUGCGGUUGCCGCAGAGGUUGAGAAGCUACUCGCGUAA